UAACUGCGGAGACCUGGAGUGCGAUGCUUGCGUCCACGGCGGCUAGUUACUGCCAGAGAGGAGGUCGAUAAGUAGCACUCCCGGAGGAUAACGGUGGGAUUAAGCUUGUGGCCGCGGGCUUCUUCUUCUUCUUCUUCUUCUUCUUCUUCGCCUGGGGGCUUUGUUGAUGAUUCCGCUGACUUGUCAGGCACAACUUUCACAGGGGGAAAAAGGUGCUUGGAAAUGGCCAGUGACACAAACGAUGCAGAGCAAGAGCAGGCAACCGAAAAUCAGUUGGCAAGCAUCAGCCGCCUCACACCAGACGUCCUGCACGAGAUACUUCUCCGGCUUCCGGUCAGCACUCUGCAGAGACUCUGCCGGACGUGUCACCAAUGGCGCGGGGUGAUCAGCGACCCCUGCUUCAUCAUGGACCAUGCCAAUCGUGCACCCGAGCACCUCCUCCUUUUCCUGCCGAGGCUGGACGCCUCGGCGAGCCUCAAGACCGCCAUGCCUGGCCGUGUGAAGCUCUUCGACGAGAAAUGGUCCGUGUCAACGUGGGCGGCGUCUUCCAUGGAUACGGACGACCACCUCUUCGCGUCAUGCAACGGCCUGCUCUGCUUCUACCGGAAGUACACGCUGAAGAUCGUCAACCCCGCGACCGGCCAGCGCCUGCACCUCUCGAAGCCCGACGGGAGAUCGCUCCGUGACCUGUACUACCUCUAUAGUUUCGGGUUCCACCCGGCGACGGGGGAGUACAAGCUCGUCUACUUCCUCCGCGAGCCCCGGCACGGCCGGUCGUCGGGGCAGCCGUUCCGCUUCGACGCCAUCCAGGUGCACACCCUCGGCGAGGACGGGUGGCGGGACGUCAGGGCGCCGAGGGAGAGCUGCCUGGUGAACCUCGGGGUCGUCAACGUGGACGGCGCGAUGUACUGGAUAUCGGAGGAGGAAGGGGCGUGCUGCGGCGCGGCGGUCAUGGCGUUCGAUCUCAAGGACGAGACCUUUGUGACGUUGAGGCCUCCGCCGUUGAGAGCGUGCGGCGUGGCGACGGACGGGCCCUGCGGCGCCCCCGCGCUGUCCUACUACGUGACGGAGGUGGAGAAGAAGGUUUGUCUGGUGACAGCCCCUUUCAGCAGCAGCGCUCCCCGGUGGCGCCGCUACAACGCCGAGGUCUCCGGGAGGAUGGACGUCUGGACGCUCGAGAGCCGGGGCGAGGACAGGUGGUCGCUCAAGUACAGCGUCGACCUGUCGCCGUCGGCGCCGCGGUGCGUCCCGCAGCCGUGCUUCGUCCGCGGGGGGAAGGUCCUGCUGCACGGCCGCGACGGCGACGCGUUCUGCCGGGACCUGCGGGGCGACGAGGACGGCGGGGAGGAGGUGAGGCUGCUGAAUUUCAGGCCUUACAGGUACUACGAGACGCAGGCGUACCUGUACAAGGAGACGCUCGUCCCGUUGGACGUGUACGCCGGGGCGGCCAUUGUUCGCGCGCCGCACUGGCCUCUCCCUCCGCCAGGUUCCUCCUGACAUGACAGUACUGGCUUUGCAGUGUUGGAGCGCCUUGUGUUCUGAAUUUCUGAUUACGGCUCUGCGUUUGCCUUCGGUGGUCAUGGUCCAGUAUAGGUGUAGGCAGCAGAUGAAUGAAUUACUUCUGAAACAUGAAUGAAUUAUGGUGUAAUUCUCGAUGGAGAUUUAAGCAACUGGUUAUUGUAACAUAUUCAGAAGUAAUAAGUAUUUUGUGCACUAAGCUUUUC